UACAAUUCCCACUGCUGAAACUACUCUUUUGCCACUUUCUUGCCAUCCAAACAAUUCACACAGUCCCCCCUUUUUAUUAUUGCUUCUCAAAAAAAACUCUCUUUUGUCAUGUAAAUUUGUUCUAUGAAUCGUUCCCAACCUUCAUCAACGAGUUUCAUUGUUGUUACGAGCUCAACAAUCUUGGGUUCUUUGCUUCUGGGUCUUCUUAUUUGGAUUUUUGUGCAUCUCUCUUCUAUCCCUUAAACUUGUUUUAAGAAUGUUCUGUAACAUGGGUUUGUUCGAUUUCAAGUAGUCUCCUUUUCGUUUCUCCCCUGUCUCGGGUUUAAACUCAUCUUCUACCUCUUCCCAGAGGUUUUUAACGCAAAUAAGCUCUCCAAGUGUUUGACGAUUUGUCUGAGAGAAGGAAAAAAAAACAGAGGAGCUCAGAAACAGAGUAUAUUACAGAGAGAAGCCACCAUGGAAGAGACUUUUGUUCCGUUUGAAGGUAUCAAGAAUGAUCUCAAAGGAAGGUUAAUGUGCUAUAAACAAGAUUGGACCGGAGGAGUCAAAGCUGGAUUUAGGAUUCUGGCUCCCACAACAUACAUAUUCUUCGCGUCUGCGAUUCCUGUUAUUUCAUUCGGCGAACAAUUGGAACGAAGCACUGAUGGAGUUCUUACCGCUGUUCAGACACUGGCCUCCACAGCCAUUUGUGGAAUCAUUCACUCCAUCAUUGGAGGCCAACCUCUGCUUAUACUUGGAGUUGCAGAGCCCACUGUAAUUAUGUACACAUUCAUGUUUAACUUUGCCAAGGGGAGACCUGAAUUGGGACGCAAUUUGUUCUUGGCUUGGUCUGGAUGGGUUUGUGUUUGGACUUCGCUCAUACUGUUUGUAUUGGCUAUAUCUGGAGCUUGUUCAAUUAUCAACAGAUUCACCAGAGUAGCUGGAGAAUUGUUUGGACUUCUUAUAGCUAUGCUCUUCAUGCAAGAAGCCAUCAAAGGAAUAGUCGAUGAAUUUCGCUCUCCUGCAAGAGAGGAUCUGAAACUUCUGGAGUUUUUACCUUCCUGGAGAUUUGCAAAUGGGAUGUUUGCUUUGGUUCUUUCCUUUGGUCUUCUUAUAACUGCACUUAGAAGCAGAAAAGCCAGAUCAUGGAGAUAUGGAACAGGCUGGCUUAGAAGUUUAAUAGCUGACUAUGGUGUUCCACUCAUGGUUCUGGUGUGGACCGGUGUCUCCUACAUCCCAACAGGAGAUGUUCCAAAAGGAAUUCCUCGGCGACUUUUUAGCCCAAAUCCUUGGUCCCCUGGUGCUUAUGAGAAUUGGACCGUUGUUAAGGAGAUGCUUCAAGUUCCAGUUGUAUACAUAAUUGGAGCAUUCAUUCCAGCAACAAUGAUUGCAGUUCUUUACUACUUUGACCAUAGCGUAGCAUCACAACUUGCACAACAGAAAGAAUUCAAUUUGAGAAAACCGUCUUCUUACCACUAUGAUCUGCUUCUUCUUGGAUUUUUGACCUUAAUGUGUGGUCUACUCGGAAUCCCUCCAUCUAAUGGAGUCAUCCCUCAAUCACCGAUGCAUACCAAGAGCUUAGCAACACUAAAAUAUCAGCUGCUUCGGAACAGAUUAGUUGCAACUGCGCGCAGAAGCAUCAAGCAGAAUGCGAGUCUAGGACAAUUGUAUGGAAGUAUGCAAGAUGCUUAUAAUCAAAUGCAGACCCCAUUAGUCUACCAGCAGCCGCAGGGUUUGAAAGAGCUGAGAGAAUCAACAAUCCAAGCAACGACAUUCACAGGAAAUCUUGAUGCUCCAGUUGAUGAAACUCUGUUUGAUAUCGAGAAAGAGAUCGAUGACUUAUUGCCAAUUGAAGUCAAAGAACAGAGAGUGAGCAAUUUGCUUCAAGCAAUAAUGGUUGGAGGAUGUGUUGCAGCUAUGCCUCUCCUUAAAAUGAUCCCAACAUCAGUCCUUUGGGGUUACUUUGCCUUCAUGGCAAUCGAAAGCCUUCCCGGAAACCAAUUCUGGGAAAGAAUCUUGCUUCUCUUCACAGCCCCAAGCCGUCGAUUCAAGGUGCUUGAAGAUAACCACGCGACAUUCGUGGAAACUGUUCCAUUCAAAACGAUUGCAAUGUUCACUAUUUUCCAAACAACUUAUCUUUUAACCUGCUUUGGUCUCACGUGGAUCCCAAUCGCUGGAGUUAUGUUCCCUCUAAUGAUCAUGUUUCUAAUACCUGUAAGACAAUAUAUCCUCCCAAGAUUCUUCAAAAGUGCUCAUCUUCAGGACUUAGAUGCAGCAGAAUAUGAAGAAGCACCUGCUUUACCAUUCAAUCUCGCAGUACCGGAAGCUGAAAUGGGAUCAACAGCUUCGUAUCCAUGUGAUUCAGAGAUUCUUGAUGAGUUUAUUACAAGAAGCAGAGGAGAGUUUAGACACACAUGUAGUCCUAAAGUUACUAGCUCGACUUCAACUCCGGUUUAUAAUCGGAAUUUGUCUCAAGUGUUUAGUCCUAGAGUGAAUGAUUUAAGAGGUGAGAUGAGUCCUAGGCUUGUCGGGAAAGGGCAAAGUAGUCCAAAGCCGAGUCCUUUAAACCCAUCCUCGUCGUCAAAAUGAGUUUAGCCAUUAUGGAGGCAUAAUAAAAUUGGAGGAGAUUAUGUUUAAAAUUAGCUGAUUAACUGAUCUUGGAUCUAAUGCUUUCUCUUUUACCUACGUUUUUAUGUUUGUAUUGCUGCUCUUGUUCUUAAAUCAUUGUAAAAUCUCUUACUUACACUGUGGAAUGCCGGUAAAUUAUACUAUGUAGUAAUAAAGGUUCUUUUUUCUUCU